AUGGAUUUAAAACAAGACAAAUAUUACUAAUUUAAUUUUGAACAGUUUAGAUAAGAUUGCUAAUAGCUCUGCAAAUCAAUAAAUUUAGAAGGCUUUGAGAUAUCUUAUAAAUAAAUAGAUGAUGACUUUAGAUCAAACGAAAAUUCUGAGUACUUAGAAAUUAAUCACACUUUUGAUUACUAAGAAAAAAUGUAUUUACUCAAAGGAUCUUUAGUUUACAGUGUUGCAUUUAAAUUUCCCACUCUUUAUUUUCAUAUUUAUGACAUGGAUUAUUAGAAACCUCUUGAUUUAUUGAAAGCUACUGAAUUAAUCAAAUAAAGAGAAUUAGAAAUAAAUGGAGCUAAAAAAAACAUUGAACUCAUUCAAGAUAUACAUCCAGUUUUAGGUUUCAGUUAUUUAACUUUUCAUCAAUGUAGAAUGAGGGAAGUUAUAGAAUAAAUUCAGUAAAUUCAAGUUCAUAAAAAUUAAAAUAAGAACAACAAGGAAACAGAAGAUUAAUACUUUUUUUCACCUACCAUAACAAGUCUCAUGAUUCUGCUAAAAGAAUUUAACAUUUACCUUCCAAAAGAGAUAUACAAAUAGCUUUAAAUUCAAUAAUGA